AUGUCAGUAAUACUAACUGAAGUUACUUCUUUAAUCGAGCAGAAGAUUUGUCCCAGGCACAUCAAAUUUGACACUAGCGAAGAAGAGCAGAGUAAAAACAAAAUACAUUUUUACAAUAAGAGUGGAUUUCCAGGUGUGUUGGGUUGUGUGGAUGGCACUCAUGUGCACAUUUUAGCACCUGAAAAGGAACUGCAACACCUGUACAUAAACAGAAAAGGAUUUUUCAGUAUAAACGCGUUAAUGGUUUGCGAUUUCAAUAUGAACAUAACGUAUGUCGAUGCCAGAUAUCCAGGAGCCACACAUGAUGCCUUCAUAUGGAAUAAUAGUAGACUCAAGGAAAUUAUGUCGAAUAACACAGGAGAAAACACAUGGCUUUUAGGUGAUAUUUUGAAGCACAACCUGUAGGAAGAUUCUGUAACCAGUUAGCAACAAUUUUCGGAUCGAUAUAGCAAGUUGCCGACGUGUGAUGAAUGUCGAAGUGUUGCUGCGAUAGCAACAAGUGAAUUGCAGAACCUGCCUGAUUGAAUCUUUAAAAUUACAUAUUGUUUAAUUGGUAUUCGUUAAGUUGAAUUUUCUUUCGUUUAAGUUCCGCCUCUAAAUUCAUAUUUUCUUUUAAUAGUU